GAUGUCAUGAUGGUUAACUUUACCCAAUCCUUCGGCCCCGGUCCCGCACCAGUCAGCGAGGAACAACACAGUUGUUUUUAUGUGACAGAAGAAAGCAGUAACUACUCCCGCAGAAGUACGGGAAAACGGCUUUGUAUGAAGAAGCGUAACUUUACGCACAGGCAGCAGACAGUGGAUCAAACUGAACCCACAGACGUAGUAGUCUACAACCCACACAGAACCCAAACUGAACCCAAACUGAACCCCAGUGGGGUUCUGAAGAAUAAGAAAAUGAAUCGGAGUUUAAGUAAAUCGCAGUCUUCUUUGCAGUAUCGUGCGACAGUGGAAGUGAAAAGCAAAUAUGGAGCAGAGUUCAGAAGGUUUUCCCUUAGCCGUUCCAACCCCGGGGAGUUCCAAGAUUUCUACAAGCUCAUCCUGCGCCUGCACCGUCUAACCAGCAUUGAUGUCAUCAUUGGCUAUGCAGAUAUCCAGGGAGAGCUACUCCCCAUCAAUAACGAUGACAACUUCUGCAAGGCCGUGACCACUGCUCCUACCUUACUGCGGAUCUUCAUACAGAGACAAGAGGAAGUAGACGACAAUACCUUCUGCCCCAAUGCCACUGUGACCCGCCGGAGGAAGGUGCCAGCGAUCCCCCUGCCACGCGGCGACGGGAACCGCAAAAGGCCCACGGUCCACAUCAGCAGGCCGCAGGACUUCCGUCCCAUCUCGUCCAUUAUUGACACAGAUUUCCUGCCCGCAUCUCAGCGCCGGGUGCGCCUUUACCGCCAGGGCUCAGAGAGGCCCCUGGGGUUCUAUAUCCGCGAUGGGACUACUGUGAGGGUGACUCCCCACGGCCUGGAGAAGGUACCUGGGAUCUUCAUCUCACGGCUGGUCCCUGGAGGCCUGGCUGAGAGCACAGGGCUGCUGGCCAUUAACGACCAGGUGCUUGAGGUGAAUGGGAUUGAGGUGAUGGGCAAGGUGUUAGACCAGGUCACAGACAUGAUGAUCGCAAACAGUCACAAUCUUAUCAUCACGGUGAAGCCGGUGAACCAGCGUAAUAACAUAGUGCGUACCGGCAGCUGGAUGUCGGGGAUAAACUCAGGCAGUGUCAGCUCUUUAGACUACCAGAGUUACCACAGCAUGCCCAUCUGCCAGAGUUACCACAGCAUGCCCAUCUGCCAGAGUUACCACAGCAUGCCCAUCUGUGUGGGAGCCUACAGCUUCACUGAUGACGAGCUGCAGAGCGACGAGGACUUGGACAUUGUGAUUGAGAGAAGACUCAGAAACUCAUCCCGUCGCUCCAGUGCCUCCACCUCCACAGCGUCCCGUUCCCAGGCUUGGUCCCAGCCCCAGCAGAGUCCUAGGCCUUCUCCUAGGCCAUCCACUCAACGCCCUCCCCGUCGACCUUACUCUGUCAUCUCCUCAACCUCCUAUCACUCACAACCCAGCCUCACUAACCUGAACCUCAGACUGAACCGAGACCUGACCCUGCAGCAGCACUACGGCAGCAGCCCAGCUAUCAGGGAGAUGAAUGGAGGUGUGUUUAACCACAGCAGCCUGCUCACCCUGAGGACAGAGCUACGACGCAGCCUGGUGCUACAGAGGGGAGGGGUGGAGGAGGACGGAAUGGUCAUCACCUUGUGAUUCUACAGUCAGAUUCUAGAACACUACAAACCACAGGGGGCUGCUGAGGGGAGGAUGGAAUGGUCAUCACCUUGUGAUUCUACAGUCAGAUUCUAGAACACUACAAACCACAGGGGGCUGCUGAGGGGAGGAUGGAAUGGUCAUCACCUUGUGAUUCUACAGUCAGAUUCUAGAACACUACAAACCACAGGGAGGGGGGGACGGCACAUAAAAAUGGCCAGAAUUAAGUGAAUGGUAUGGUAUAAAACACGUGUUUGAUUAAACCAUGUGCUUGAUGCAUUUGAUACCAUUCCACUCAUUCUGCUCCAGCCAUUACCACGAGCCUGUCCUCCCUAAUUAAGGUGCCACCAACCUCCUGUGCUACAGACACUGCCAGCCUUUGUUAUAACUUUUCAAUGCUUGAGACGGAGGAGACGUUUCUUAUUGGCUGAGUCCCAAAUGGCACCCCAUUUCCUAUAUAGCGCACUGCUUUGACCUGGACCCUGGUCACAAGUAGUGCACUAUAAAGGGAAUAGGGUGUUGAUGAUACAUUGUGAAUUCAGGGAUCUGACCUUUUGAACCCACUUAAAUGUUGUCCCUCUCAGCGUCAGUGUCUCAACACAUUUGAAACCACAAAGCGGAGCGCCUAAGUAUUUAAUAUGGAAAUAUUCAUGAAACACCAUUAUGUAAUUAUAAGUAAAUCCAGUUCUGGCACUUGUUGUUAUACUGUGAAUGUGCAUGUCCUUUACAUGUACUGCUGAUGCAUUGUGUAGAGAGAUUGUAUUAUUAAAGCUACAGCAAUGUUGUGGUUUUAUUAUGUCUCCCAAGUGGCACAGCGGUCUAUGUCACUGCACCUCAGCGCUAGAGGCGUCACUACAGACCCUGGUUCGAUUCCAGACUGUAUCACAACCGGCCGUGAUUGGGAGUCCCAUAGGGCGGCGCACAAUUGGCCCGUCAUUGUAAAUAAGAAUUUGUUCUUAACUGACUUGUCUAGUUAAAUAAUGGUUAAAUAAAUAUGUCUAAUGCCAUUUAUGAGGAAUAAAUCCUUAACUAUCACCUUACCAAAAUAUCAAGCCAUUACGUGUGUCCCAAAUGUCAUUAUGAACUGUGUCAUUAUGAAUUGUGUCAUUAUGAACUGUGUCAUUAUGAACUGUGUCAUUAUGAAUUAUGUCAUUAUGAACUGUGUCAUUAUGAACUGUGUCAUUAUGAAUUAUGUCAUUAUGAACUGUGUCAUUAUGAACUGUCUCAUUAUGAACUGUCAUUAUGAACUGUGUCAUUAUGAACUGUGUCAUUAUGAACUGUGACAUUCUGAACUGUCAUUAUGAACUGUGUCAUUAUGAACUGUGUCAUUAUGAACUGUGACAUUAUGAACUGUGUCAUUAUGAACUGUGACAUUAUGAACUGUGUCAUUAUGAACUGUGUCAUUAUGAACUGUGUCAUUAUGAACUGUGUCAUUAUGAAUUGUGACAUUAUGAACUGUGUCAUUAUGAAUUGUGACAUUAUGAACUGUGUCAUUAUGAACUGUGACAUUAUGAACUGUGUCAUUAUGAAUUGUGUCAUUAUGAACUGUCAUUAUGAACUGUGUCAUUAUGAACUGUGUCAUUAUGAAUUAUGUCAUUAUGAACUGUGUCAUUAUGAAUUGUGUCAUUAUGAACUGUCAUUAUGAACUGUGUCAUUAUGAAUUGUGUCAUUAUGAACUGUCAUUAUGAAUUAUGUCAUUAUGAAUUAUGUCAUUAUGAACUGUGCCAUUAUGAAUUGUGUCAUUAUGAACUGUGUCAUUAUGAAUUAUGUCAUUAUGAAUUAUGUCAUUAUGAACUGUGUCAUUAUGAAUUAUGUCAUUAUGAACUGUCAUUAUGAAUUAUGUCAUUAUGCAUUAUGUCAUUAUGAACUGUGACAUUAUGAAUUGUGUCAUUAUGAACUGUGUCAUUAUGAAUUAUGUCAUUAUGAAUUAUGUCAUUAUGAACUGUGUCAUUAUGAAUUAUGUCAUUAUGAACUGUCAUUAUGAAUGUCAUUAUGAACUGUGUCAUUAUGAAUUAUGUCAUUAUGCAUUAUGUCAUUAUGAACUGUGUCAUUAUGAACUGUGUCAUUAUGAAUUAUGUCAUUAUGAACUGUGUCAUUAUGAAUUGUGUCAUUAUGAACUGUGUCAUUAUGAACUGUGUCAUUAUGAAUUAUGUCAUUAUGAAUUAUGUCAUUAUGAACUGUCAUUAUGAAUUGUGUCAUUAUGAACUGUGUCAUUAUGAAUUAUGUCAUUAUGAACUGUGUCAUUCUGAAUUAUGUCAUUAUGAACUGUGUCAUUAUGAAUUGUGUCAUUAUGAACUGUGUGAGCCACUGGCAUUUGUAUCUGUGAGUUUUCAGCCCUUCUGUCCACAGACUUUGAUUAAAGAGGAUGUGGGCUAAAUAUCAA